AUGGCACACGAAACUGGAGUUGAGAAUGGUCCGACGAUACAAGGCUUAGAGAAAGGAGACUAUAAUCAGAUCUGGGAAUGGAACAAAACUGUUCCAGCUGCUAUCAGUACUCUGGUGCACAAGCUCAUCCACGACAACGUGGAGGUCAACCCUGACGCCCCAGCUGUUUGUUCUUGGGACGGUAAUCUGACGUAUGCGGAGCUUAAUGAUCUGUCUUCGCGAUUAGCAGAUGAGCUGAAAAGCCGGGGAGUGGGACCCGAAGUCAUCGUUCCAUUGUGCUUUGAGAAAUCGGCAUGGACGAUCGUGGCCAUCCUUGCGACGAUCAGAGUCGGGGGCGCAUUUGUGCUUCUCGAUGCGAAGCAGCCUGAAGCACGUCUUCGAGACAUUGUGUCUCUCACCAAGGCCAAGUUUGUGGUUGCCUCCCCAGCCCAGCAGGAUUUGGCAACCAAUAUAUCGUCACAAGUUCUGCUGGUCUCACACAACAUCCUCCUGGCCAUGCCAGCCAUCACGAGCACGGAUCUCACAGUUGACCCGGAGUCCACUCUCUUCGUCGUCUUCACGUCGGGAAGCACGGGGCUACCCAAGGGGGUGAUGAGCUCCCACCGAAGCUUUGUAUCGGGCGUUCACUAUCGACGGUCCAUACUGGAGGUGCCAUCUCCCCGCGUAUUCGACUUUGCUUCGUACAGCUUCGACGUCAGUACAGAUAUCAUUCUCUCCACGCUUAUUAUUGGUGGAUGUGUGUGCGUACCAUCAGAAUUGGAACGUCAAAAUGAUAUUGCUGGUGCCAUCAACCGUCUCAAAGUCAAUUCGGCCGAUCUCACUCCCUCCGUGACACGCUUGCUCGAUCCUGACUCCAUGCCAGGCCUGAAGGUCCUCAAGCUUGGGGGUGAACUUAGCAGCGUCACAGAUGUCGCACGAUGGGCCCCGAAGUUAAAGUUAGUCAAUGUUUACGGGCCAUCGGAAUGUCUGCUUGUAGCUAUCAACGUCCUUGCCCUGAAUGGUGACCCCCGGACCAUCGGACGAGGACAUGGCGCUGUCACUUGGAUCGUGGACCCCGACGAUCACAACAAACUAGUCCCAGUGGGAACCGUGGGGGAGCUUCUGGUCGAAGGUCCCAUCGUCACAAAAGGGUACCUGCAUGAGCCUGAACGAACCGCAUCUGUCUUUAUCAACGCCCCUGACUGGCUUCGAUCGGGGCCGAGCCCAGACAGAUCCUCCGGCCAGCUGUACAAGACUGGUGACCUCGUCCACUAUAAUCCGGGUGGUACCCUCAACUUCGUAGGCCGCAAGGACACCCAGGUCAAAGUGCGCGGGCAACGAGUUGAGCUGAGUGAAGUUGAACAUCAUAUCCAACAGCAAUUGUAUUCACGAACGGGUAAACGGGUCAACCCUAUUGUGGAGCUGGUCACGACUGGGGCCAGCAAGGGCUCCGGAGGUCGCCCGACUUUGGUUGGUUUCCUCGCUAUGAGCCAAGUCGAGUCUGCGGAGCCUGAAGAUGCACAACAGCUGCGACAAGCCAUGUGGGAUCUAACCAAAGAUCUUAACAAAUCUCUCCUGAAGACCCUCCCACAGUACAUGGUUCCUUCGGUCUACAUACCUCUCUGGCAGUUCCCGCUGAAUUCAUCUGGCAAAACUGAUCGACGACAGCUCCAAGUGACCGGCUCAGUGCUUUCACGUCAAGAUUUAGCUGCUUUGCGAGCACCUCCAACAACAGCAAAGGUGACGACCGCGACGACGACCACAGCAUCGCAGUCGAGGACCCUGCCACACACCUUCAUGGAGCAAAGGAUGCAAAGAAUGUGGUCGAAGGUACUUGGUCUUGAACCCAGUGAAAUUGCAAGAGAGGACCAUUUCUUCCAAUUGGGCGGGGAUUCACUCAGCGCCAUUCAACUUGCCACGUUGGCUGCGAAUGAGAAGCUGGUCCUCACUGUUCAGGAUAUCUUUGAUAAUCCGGUUCUAGCUCGCAUUACCGCUGUGGCUAAACCAGUAUUAGAACACUGUGUCCCUGAGGCCACUGGAACACAUGGGUCUACCGGCUAUGUAAAGACAAAGGCUUAA